GAGUUCAGAAUCAAUGAAGGACAAGUAGUGGUGAUGAUAAUUGUAAUUGUUACUUUUUGAUUUAAUUACUGAUUGGAAACGAAAAAUUAUUCUCCAUUUAUAUUAAUUAUCCAGGGUGUGUUUUCUCAUCUAAUCUCCUGUUCACAAUCUCAUCAUCGUCUUUCUUGUUUCAAUCCAAUCAAUUUCUCUGUGAAUUCUCAUCUUUCCUUUUUUCUCAUUUUCUUUUUUCUCUUUUCUCUUUCUCUCUCUUUAUUCAUCACUUUUUCUCUCUUCCUCCUCUUUUUGCCUUCUCUCUUUUUUCAUUUUCCUUUUUUUUCCUCUUUCUUUUCUUCUUCACCCUGUGUGUUUAAUUUUCUCUCGGUGUCUUUCUCUUGUUUUUUUUUUGUUUUUUUUGUUCUUUUUUCUCUUUCUCACUCAACUGUGUUCAUUCUCCAUCUUUAUUUAUCUGUAUCUAUUUUCAUCUUCUCCUUCUACCUCUUUUUCUCUCCCAUUAGCUUCAUUUUCUCUCUCUGAUAUAUUUGUCUCUCUUUUUUCUCCUUUAUCCUUUCUCUUCUUCUUUCUCUUCUUCCUUUCAAUCUCUUUAUCUGAUUCUCACUUUUUCUGUCUGCCUUUUUCUCUUGUUUCUUCCCUAUCUCUCUUUCUCUCACCCAUAUAUAUCUCUCUCUCUUUUUCUCUCAUAUGGGUUCUCUAACUAAUUUUCCCAUUGACCAAGUUGAAUCCAUUGGUGUGGACAUCGAGGUCAAUAAUUUAAGUGAUGAACACUUUCGAGAUGUUAUGGAAGAACUUACCAACCAUCAAAUUCCGGAGAGAGAUAAAUGUCCUCUGGUUCGUCGUUUAAAUGCCUCCAUUAGUGGUUACUUUAAGAGUACCGGUGAUGUUGGUUUCAGUAAAAUGGGUCCUGUUAAAAUGAACACCAAUAACAAUAAUAAUAACAAUUCUACUAUUAAUUCAAAACCUGGUAGCAGCUCAUUAGCUGGUGAUUUAUCUGGUUCCAGUGGCAAUAAUAAUAAUAAUAAUAAUCGUAUUCAUAGUAAUAGUAGUAAUCAUGGUGUAGAUAAUGGUAAUUCAAUUGAAUUAAUUGAAUACCGUCGGACAUUUGAAUAUAAAAACUAUCAUUCACCAAAGAGUUGUUCCAAUCCAAGUGAUAUUAAAAUUAAAUCAAGUGAAAGAACCAAAGGUUCUAUUGGUGUAAAUUCUUCUUCUACAACCAGUGCCACCAUUCAUCCAUCUUCUUCAUUAACCUCAUCUUCAACCUCAUCAUCAUCAUCACCAUCAUCAGCCAAUAAUAAUUCAACAACAAUCUCAAAUUCAUCUUCAUCCAAUGUCACCUUAAACGAAUCAAAUGUAGACUCAUUUGUUAACUUUGAUUCCCUCAAACGCCCACCCAAUGAACUAAAUGAACCUUCCAACGAGCCAACGGAAGGUAUUAAUUUAAUUGAAAGCCCAACAACACCAUCAUCAACACUUAACACUACCCUGAACAGCAACAGUAAUUUAAGUAACAAUAUUACUACCAACAAUCACCAAACCAUCAACACAAUUAUAAACAAUAACACAAUUACCAAUGAUAACCUGAAUAAUAAUAACAGUAACAAAGACGUCAAUAAAGACAGCAAAGAUAAUAGUAACAAUAAUAACAAUAAUAAUAAUAAUCAAACCACCAACGAUACAAAUAAUAAUGCUAAGGGUAAUCGUAAUGGAAAAGAAAAGAAAAAGAAAGCAAAAGAUAAAAAUCUUUACAAAACUGUUUACACUGCUCAAGAUAUCGAUGGUCACAUUGGCGAUAAAUCAAUCGACGAUCUUGUCUAUUAUGUUACUGGUAAUAAAGGGGAAAUCGUUGCUACUUCAAAUGCUCCUUCAUCUGGUAUAACUGUUAACUCAACCAGUCCCAAUAUCAAUACUGGUAAUUUAACUUGUAAUAAUAAUAAUAAUAAUAAUAAUCUAAUCACAGGUUCAAUUGUUACAAAUCCUGGUCCUGAUGUAGUCUCAGUUGCUACUUCAAUUGCUACUCCUGCUAAUGGUGUUAUCGGUGUUUUUAAUAAUAAUAUUGGUGCCAGUGUACAAUGUGGCUCAUCUUUAUGUGAUAAUAAAUUGGCUACCAACUCAAAAAACAAUAAAGAAAGUGGUAACUUUGGAGGAAAGGUUAAAAAGAAAGAGAAACCAUUAUCAACAUCUAUAUCAUCAUCUGUAGCUGUUUCAGCAACAUCAUCUUUGUCAUCUUCAUCAUCAUCACUAGUUGUAGUAAAUAACUCAACCAACAUCCAAGGUCGUAAUAAGAAAGGAUCAAAUAACAACAACAAUAAUGGUCUCUCUGGUCUCGGUAAAAGCAUUCCUCGAAGCUCUUCAGCAACAACCUUUGACUCAAAGUUUCCCCCAUCAUCAUCAUCAUCAUCACCAAACGUUGCUCAAUCGGAAGUAAAUUCAUCAUCAAUGGAUGCAUCCCUUACUAGUCCUUCUCUUUCUAAGUCUCAUUCAAUUGAAUCAUCAUCAUCAUCAUCAUUAACUGUAAACUCAAUGCAACAACAACAACAACAACCUGUGACCAAAUUAAUUUCUGACUCUGGUAUCACAACUAAAUCAAAAGUCAAAGAUUUCUAUCCAACCAAUUCUAAUGUUAAUAAGAAAAUUUUGAAUACUAAUAAUAAUGUUGUCAUUAAUUCUGAUGGUUUGAGAAACAAAAAACGUGAUACCUCUGCCAGUAGUACCCAUGUUGCUACCACUGCCAAUCAGGAUGUUGAUGCUAAUAAUUUUAAGGAGCUUAGGUAUACAGCCUCAGAUCCGGAGACGGUGGACCAAGAGACAAGCUUCCAACCAGUUAAAUCGAAACACCUUAAACGACGUAAAGGUACUUCAAGGAAUAAACCUGUCGGUGGUGGUGGUGUUGUUGUUGGAGAUCUUGGUAUGCAAUCACCUUCAACCCAAUCAUCAAAUACUAUUUUUACUACAUCCAAUUCAUCUUCAUCAACCUCAACCAUACCCUCUGUUACAUCGUCAACCUGUAAUUCAGUUAACAUUUCAAUGACUGCUCGUGGAUAUGAAAGUGAAAGGGAAUAUUGUGCCGAUGAAUAUCGUCGACGUAAAGAAUAUCUAAAUCAUCGUAAACUUGCAUCAAGUAUGCCCCAUUCAGAGCAAAAUUCAGCUGAUAACUCGGACAUGGAAUCAUCCUGUUCAUAUCCUGUUUCAGGACGGAUGCCUAUCUUACCAACCCCUCCCGGGCCUCCAGCAUCCUCCAACAAUUCAAUCUCAUCAACACCUAAAGUCUCCUACGCUGAUAUUGCUAAAAUGGGUUCAGUUAUUGCUGUUACACCUCCGGUUGUUAUUACAGGUAAUUCUGCUGGUAGUGUGGCCAACAAAGGUCCUUCACCAACAAACAUUACCUUAAAUAGCGUUAACAACAACAACAACAACAAUAAUAAUAAUAGUGUUAAAGAUGCUAACAACAAUAUCAGUACCGGUAGUAUUGACAAUAGUCCUAAAAAUGCUUCCACCGGCGAUUCUGGUUUAUCAUUACAAACCGUUUCAUCACCAUCCACAUCAUGUAGCCCUUAUCCCAGCUCCAGUCCUAAUUGCAUCUCACCUUCUGGAUUUUCACUCUCUUCAUCAUCAAAUAUUACUUUCCCCGAGGGAUCGAAAGGAUCAAAAAAUAAUAAUAAUAAUAAUAAUAGUACUACUACUAAUAAUCAAAUUAACAAAUUAUCAUCAUCUUCAUUAUCAUCAUCUGAAUCAAUAAUUGAUGCAACUACUACAUCUAAAGAUAACCCUCCAACGAUCAAAAGUGAAAUCAAUUUUGACCAAGAAAUUUCAUCAAAAAAUGGUAAAAAUAUUGGUACUUUUACCAAUAAUAGUAACCAAAUAAACUCUGCUGCCGUUGCCAUUCGUCCUAAAGAUUUUGAUACACCCAAAGAGACCAAAAUGGAAAAUCAAAAAGUCAUUUGUGAAGAUAAUUUUACAACCAACAAUAAUAAUAAUGAUAAUAAACCCAAGAAUGAUAAAAAAAUGGAUAAAUCUACAAUUAAGUUUACAUCAUCAUCAUCAUCUUCGUCUUCUUCUUCUUCUUCCUCAACCUCCAACACCAAUCAAACCUCUACUUGUUCAUCAUCCAAUGUACCAAAAUCAACAACCUCUACAAUACUACCAACAACCUCGACAUCUUUAAUUGUUGCAAAAACUGUUGCUAAAUGUUCAUCAACAUCAGCACCAAGCAAUUCCAAAACAUUGGAAGCCUUAUUAUCUCCUCCUGCUGAAAAAACUCCCACUUUUGAUAUGAAAAAUAGUAACAAACUUAUAGACACAAGAGUUGCCUCUAUUAAAAGUGAUACUUCAUCUCGAGCAUCAAUGCUCAAAAAGUCUAAUAGUAUUCCCGGAGCUGGUGUUAAAAAUAAUUCUAAUUGUUACCGGGUUAAUCUAAAUGAAUCAACAAACCGUUCAACUAAAUCACCAAGCAGUUUACCUCCUGUGAUCAUGAAUGAUGAUUCGGAUGCAACCGAUGAAAUUGAAUCAUCAUUUACUUUUGGUUUCUUUGAUGAUGUUACAUCAUCAUCAUCACCAUUAACAACAACAACAACAACAAAACAACAAUAUCAUUAAAAAACAUCAUUAAAUUACAACAACAACAACACAAUUAAACCAAUGUCUUCUUCUGCCUCAACAAAAAAUACAACCACCGCUCCAAUAUCAUCAACACCCACUUCUACUUCUGGCUCUGUUUCAUUGAUAAAAUCUUCUAGUAUGAUGAUGACCAAUAGAUCUUUAAAUUCAUCAUCUAAAACUAUCACAGUCAAAAAUAAUUACGAUAAUCUUAAAAAUGGUAACAAUGCUAAUUCAUCAUCAUCUGUCUCACGUGUUAAAUCAACUAAAAAUGCUUCCACAACUAAUUUAACUCAUUUAUCAGCAAAUUCAUCAUCCUCCUCUUCUUCAACCAUUAGUGCAACACCAACAACAACAGCUACAACAAUCAAUUUAGCAAAUAAAACUGGCACAGAUUCACCUAAGUCAUCGGAAGCUAUUAAUCAAUUGCCUCAGGGCAAAAAGAAUUCAGGUAAAGACUCUAAAUCAAUUUCUAGUAAUGGUAACACUAGUCUUGAGAAGUUCAUUGCAAUCAAAUUAGCUGAACCUCCGACAAACAUGGAUGCUGAUAUUAACACUUUCAAUUACAAUCAAAUUAUCAAUUUCAUCAAAACCGCAUGGGAAAGUGUUAUGUGCCAAUAUCAUCAUUCACCAGAUAAAAACAAUUCUCACAGCUCAUCAUCAUCCUCAUCAUCAUCCAAUACUGGAGCUAAUUUAUUUCGUGAGAGCACAAUUUACUACAAGGAACUAAUCUCUCCAUGAGAUCAAUGAGUGUGUGUUGCCCUUCUAUU